AUGAUGAAUUCACCUUAAAGAAAUAGGUAUUAAUAUGUAAAUAAUAAAUAUAGAGCAAGCAGUCAAAAAUAAUAGAUUGUCAAAAAAAACAUCCGAAAAUAUAGUUCUGACUAUAGUGACUCUGAUGUUUCUAAUCAAGAAUCUUAAGUUAAAAAGAGAAUUGUCAAAAUUUGGACUCCUGAAGAAGAUUAAUUGUUAUAGUCAUUUUAUGAAAAAUAUAAGGGUAAUUGGAUUUAAGUGGCAUAAUCUAUACCUAAUAGAAAUCCUUCUUAAUGUUCAUAGAGAUGGAAAAGAAUCAAUCCUAAUAGAGUAUUAUAAUUUAUUAAUUUCAGAUAAGAUCAAGAAGAUAAUGGACAGAAGAAGAAGAUCUUUAAGUUUUAAAUUUGAUUAAGAAAUUUGGAAAGAACUGGAAAGCCAUUGAAAAUCAUAUGUAUGGAAGAAGUGGUAAAUAAAUUAGAGAAAGAUUUAUUAAUAAACUAGAUUAAACUAUUAAUCAUAAUGAAUUUACAUAAGAAGAAGAUGAAAAAAUUGUUAAAUUAUACUAUUAAAUAGGUCCAAGAUGGAGUGACAUUUCUAAGUUACUCAAAGGAAGACCUGUAAAUAUUUGAUGCAAUUUAUUAAGGAAAAUAUGAUUAAAAAUCGUUUCUAUUCUCAUAUAAAAAAGCACUAUAACAUUUAGUCUAUGAAUCCAGAAAUUGUUGGAAAUGAAAUGAUGUCUUAAAAUCAAUUUCAAAAUAGUAAUUCACUUUCAGAUUUACUAUAAGAAUAAGAUUAAUAAAUAUAAGGAGAACUUAGAUUAGAAACAAUACACAGUUAAUUUGAAUAAGAAGGUUCAUUUAUCUCUAAUCUAAUAAAUAGCAAUCAUAUUUUGUUACCUUAAUUUAAAAGUUUAAUUCAAGGAGGUAAUUAUUGUAAUCUAGUUAAGAAUCAAUAAUUUCAAAUGGAGAAUCAAUCAUUAAUAAAUAAGAAAUGAAUCUGGAACAAAAAUAAUUAUAUGGAAUUGACAGUUCUGGAGUAGGUUCUCAAGUCUAUUUAAAUAUUUAGAUGCCUCAUUCAGACAUCUAGGAUGAAUUAGAUUCAAAUAUUAAAAAAUCACCUUAAUAUUUACUAACUGAUAGUGAAAAUAAAGAAAAAGAAAACUAAUUAGUAUAUCAAUUUACAAAAAUGAGUAUGGAAUAAGAUUGA